AUGGAGGCCAGGAAGACUCUAGCCUGCCGGAUACCAAAGGACUCCUUCCACCAGACUCCUCAUAUAACAUACCCACAAUCUCCUUCAUUGUGGAGAACAUCUACUCCUGCGCCACGUUUUAUCCAACCUAGGAUAGUUCAGCAGCCUGAUUCAGCUAGUUUGAGUCAGCAAUGUAUAUAUCGAAAGAAGCUGGAAAAAGAGAAAUCCAAGACCCAAAAGAAAAAGUCUGACUUUUACCUCUCAAAGUUUGUCAGGCUAGCAAAGAUUAAACAAAAAGAGUUUUACCUAUGGAAUGAGAAGCUGCAACCAGAAAGGCUAAAGGUACUCAUCAAGAAUUUAACUUCCUCUGUUGAACCUGAACAACUCUAUGCCGCUCAGGCCCUUGGUCAUCUUGGAGUAGCUGAAGAACGUGUCGUUUCUGCACUUUAUAAUACAUUUCAGGAAUGUGAAAGUCUGCCCCUGCGGUAUGAAAUAGCUCGGUCUCUGGCUUUGUUGGGUUGCCUGGAGGAGGCCUCUGUAAUGAAAGUACUGAUUAGACACUUGAAGGAGGUGAGCCUGAACCGGAGAGAAGAUGUCUUGUCAGCCCUGAAAGUGUCUCUGCGUGCAUGGUCAGUGUUGCCUACGGAUGAGCGGAAUUGCAUAGGUGCUCAAUCCAGUUUGACCCGGAAUCUACAACGAUUGGUGAAAUUGCAGGAGCCCAUGAACAACGUUUCCUUCAAUGCAGCCGUUUGCUUGGGAUAUCUGGAAGAGUCCACCCCAAUUGCACAAAUGACAAUGCUUCGGUGUCUGAUCCAGAACGACUGGAAGAGGAAAAUGGAGGCUUUGGUUAUGCUGAUACAGCGGAUGAAGAUUGUGGAUGCUGUUAUCCUCCGGACUCUGCUUGAGCAGCUUCGAUGUUCCCCCGUAUGCAAACAUCGUGUAGACUCUGCAAAACUUUUGGCUGCCAUAGGGCUGGAAACAAUCCAACGAGAAUGCUUGGAGGAUAACGUUUUUGAUGUUCUUCUAGAAAAGUUGUCUGAGGAACCACUUCUGGUAGUAAGGCAGUCAGUGGCCGUAGUUGUCGAAGAGCUGAAGAUGAAGAAGAGAGUCUGGGACAUUGUGGAGAAACAGCUGAAGGAGGAGAAUGAGGAGGCUAGAAGAAAGGCUGUAAUUUCUUUAGGUGUCCUUGGUUUCCGGCAGAAGAAUGUGUUCUUUACCUUGCUGGAAAUGCUGGACCUGGAUACCAGUGAGGAAGUCCGCCGACAGGUUAUCAGGACUUUUUCCAAUCUAGGAAUGAACAACAUAUAUGUGAGGAAGAGUCUGAAGCACAAGGCACAGAUAGAUGGGACUCUAGCAAGAGAAUGUGCCAAAGCCUUGAAGUUACUGGAUAAAGUCCCUGCUCUCCAGAAAGACUUGAUGCUGCAUCCAUUCCGGCUCCACUGAGAUCUCGAAACGUUUUGGAUGAUGAAAGUG